UUUAGAACCUGAUUGGUCUACCAUAAAGUGAAGGGAAAAACGAACUCAGAAUUUAUAAAUAUGACAGUGGGUUUUGCAGACAGCUUCUAGUUACUGAAUUUCGUCUGUGUUUGGAACAUCUUAUGUGUUAAAAUGAAGCUUAGCAUAGUGCUAUUUUUUGGGCUUGCGUGCUUAAUAGUGCUAUGCAGUGGAAGACCUGCAGAUGAGGGAAAUGGAGACUAUGAGGACUACGCCGAUGAACCAGCUCCACCACCACCAAAGAAAUCACCAGUGGCGUCCAGGGGGAGCCUUUUGAACAGAAGAAACCCAUUGGCUUCUAGGAACACGAAAGCCAGUUCAACUACAGCUGCUCCACCACCACCUGAGGAAGAAGAACCAGUUGAAGAAGAGGGAGAAGUUGAAGAACAACCAGCUGAACAACCAAGUUCUACAACAGAAACUUCAAAGAAAUUUAUUAAAGGAGGCGUAGUCAGACCUUUCAGAAGCAACGAUGAUCUUUUAGCUACCUUGAAAAGACGCAGAGAACAAGCUGCUCUAAACAAACACAACGCGAAAGCUGUUCACCAUGAAGCUGAGGAAAGUGCACCUUCUGAAGAAAAAGCUGCCGUACCUUCAAAGAACAAAUCGACAGGUCGAAAACGAUUCAAUUCUCCUAAAAAAGAAACAACAAAUGAAGAAACAGAAGAAGAAGCGCCAGCACCUGCAUCUUCUUCAUCAAGAUCUGGACGUAGAUUCAGCUCUAGAAGUUAGUGAAUGAAUUAGAAAUUUUGGAAAAUUGCCAGGACAACUACUUUAUUGAUGGUUAUGUUUCUAAUUGUUCGUCAGCCUCUAUUUUAUUUUUUAGCACCUUCAUGUAAAUAAAGACUAGUGUUACGUAAUGAUAUUUUUACAAUUUCUGACGAAUAUAUGAAACAUUUGAGUUUACGUUUUGCACUUGCAAUGAAGAAUAUGUAUUAUAAAAUCUCAUUUCGAAUAACUGUAUGAAAUAAGUUGUUGUUUAAAACUGUGUACUGUUAAAGAUUAAGUAUUUCUUUUAAAUUAUUGUAAUUUGGUGUGAAACUUUAUCAGAAAACAUUGUAAAUACACAAGAAAUAGACCGAA